CCGCUUCUCCUUGUAAUAAUCCUUCUUCUGCCUCCCGAGCUCUCGCCAUUAAUUGUCCAUCGAAUCGAUCCAUAUAUACAGCUAACCAGCCAAUUCUCAGAAAGGAGCUAUCCCUUGCGGCUAUGGCGGCCAUCCCCGUGAUUGACUUCUCCAAGCUGGAGGGCUCCGAGAGGGCCGAGACAAUGGCGGCCAUCGCCGCCGGGUUCGAGCACGUGGGGUUCUUCCAGCUGGUGAACACCGGCAUCCCCGACGAGCUGCUGGAGAGAGUGAAGAAGGUGUGCAGCGACUGCUACAAGCUGCGGGACGAGGCAUUCAUGGACUCCAACCUCGCGGUGAAGGCGCUCGCCGAGCUCGUGGACAAGGAAAGCGAGGGCGGCGCCCCUAUGAGAAAGAUCGAGGGCAUGGACUGGGAGGACGUCUUCACCCUCCAUGACGACCUGCCAUGGCCUUCCAACCCUCCCGCCUUCAAGGAGACGAUGAUGGAGUACCGCAAGGAGCUGAGGAAGCUGGCGGAGAAGAUGCUGGGCGUGAUGGAGGAGCUGCUGGGGCUGGAGGAGGGACACAUCAGGAAGGCCUUCACCAACGACGGCGAGUUGGAGCCCUUCUACGGCACCAAGGUCAGCCACUAUCCGCCGUGCCCGCGGCCCGACCUCGUCGACGGCCUGCGCGCGCACACCGAUGCCGGCGGCCUCAUCCUGCUGUUCCAGGACGACCGCUUCGGCGGCCUGCAGGCGCAGCUUCCCGACGGCAGCUGGGUCGACGUCCAGCCCCUAGACAACGCCAUCGUCGUCAACACCGGCGACCAGAUCGAGGUGCUGAGCAACGGCCGGUACAAGAGCGCGUGGCACCGCAUCCUGGCCACCCGCGACGGCAACCGCCGCUCCGUCGCCUCCUUCUACAACCCAGCGCGCCUGGCCACCAUCGCUCCGGCGAUCCCCGCCGCCGACAACUACCCGAGCUUCGUGUUCGGCGACUACAUGCAGGUGUACGUCAAGCAGAAGUUCCAGGCCAAGACGUCCAGGUUCGCGGCCAUGGCGACGACGACGACCAAGUGAUUUGCAGCGUCAUGGUCUCAGCUUGCAAUGCGAGCCUACAUAACUAUUCAGUCAUGUAAUCGCGGGACUAAUACUGUACGGUCUUGUACCAUAUGUAUAGGUUGUUAAGUGUGUGGUUUAGGGCAUGUUUGGUUUGAUGCCUAAGUUGCUACAAUUUGUCUAACUUUUCUGUCUAAGGUUAGUUCUUCAAUUCGAACGACUAACCUUAGUCAAAAUGUGGCACAUUUAGACACGAACCAAACAACCCCUUAAUGUGUGUAGAAUGGACGUGUCAUAAUACAAAUAGUUGGUGUGCAUGCACUGCAGCGAGCCGUCACAAGAAUUUAUAUCAAAUUGUGACAGAUAAGCAGCUCGCGGUGAGCCAUGGCCAACGGGUGCCAGGGUGCGAGAGUGAUUUGUAUUAAAAUGGCAUAUGUGAUCAAGUGGU